AACACAUCAGCUUAUCAAAGAGGAGAUGACAUCUUUAGAAAAAUGUUCUGUUUGUGAUGGACCGUUUUCCCCACUGAAGUGGUGGGGGCUGAGAUGCAAAGUGUGCACUACUACAUGGCAUGUGUACUGUUACCAUAAAAAACACGAAAGACUAAAGACUUGGAAUGAAUCUGAAACCAGUGAAGAGGACAUAUCAGAUGAUGAUCCAGAAUAUGUUCCAGCUUCAGUAACUGAUUCAGAAGAUGACGAACCACCAAGUAGCUUGAUAAAAUCUACAGUUCUGGAAGAUAAACAAUCACCAAUGAUGGAUACAAGUCACAUCAGUGGAAUAACUGCAAAUAAAACAUCCACAAACACAACAGACUCAACAACUAUAGCAAAGAAGGGGCUAAAUUUUUGCUUUGUUUGCAAAAAAGCUCAAUUUAAAAUAGCUCGACAUUUCAAAGCUCAUGUUAAAGAAAAUGCAGACAUCGCCAAAGCUCUUAGUUUCCCUGCAGGCUCAAAGAGUAGAAAAGAGUGGCUAGAGAAACUUCGAAACAAAGGAAACUUCGUGCAUAACUGUGAGGUUCUAAAAGACGGAGCUGGUUCACUUAAAGUCAAGAGAAGAGCCAAGGGUGACUAUAAAAAAUAUGAAUACUGUAUCCAUUGUAAGGGCAUGUUUAUGAGAGCAGAGCUGUGGAGACACAUGAGAAGGUGCUCUUCCAAACCGGAGGACCAUGACCACCCAGGAAGGAAGAGAGUACUUGGCCUAGCAGCAGUGGUCAAAUCAACUUGUUCAAGCGCUGUUGAAGAUGGGGUGCUUAAGAUGUUAAGCCACAUGCAUGAUGACGACAUUGCAAGUGUAGUUCGAAAUGACUUUUGUCUUAUUAGGUUUGCUGAGUCCCUUUACAGCAAACAUGGACAUGACCCUUCAAAGCAUGACUAUGUCCGCCAAAAAAUUCGGCAGCUUGGAAGGUUCCUACAGGCCAUGCGCAAAAGCUCUCCAAUACUUACAUUAGAGGAUGCUAUAAAACCUGGAAAUUUCCUAAAUGUGAUUGAAGCAGUAAAAGAGACUGCAGGAUUUGAUAAGGAUCGUAACAGUUACAAAACUCCAAGACUUGCGUUAAAGAUUGGUCACUCCCUGUUGAAAGUGAGUGACAUUAUUCAUUGCCAUGCUCUCAUGGCUGGAGAUGAGAACCUAAUUAAAUCCUCAGAUGCCUUCCAGAAGCUUUAUCGGGCAAAGUGUUUAUUCUCCAGACAUAUGGCAGAGCUCCUGUACUUCAUGGAGAAGCUGCGUUCACUGCUAGCCCAUCACAGCUAUGUUAUACAGCGCUAUCAUCUUCAGUACCUGUCCCAGUUUGAUGCUCUAGUGUUGAACGACACCAUUCAGGGGAUGAAUGUCUGUCCAGAGGAAGAAUCAGUCCUUCUGUCAUCCUUUGUCUCAACUCUGUCUGCAAUGACUCUCAAGAACUUAGAUGGAGGUGGAGAAUUUGACCUAAAACCAUUCAGAUUGGAUUGGUUAAGACUGCAGGCUUAUACGAGUACUGGUAAAGCUCCUCUGGCACUGAAGGACUACCCUGAUCUUGCAAAGAUCAUGAACAUGGCCCAGUUUCAUACAAGGAUGAUGGACAAUGUCAAUGAACUCCUGUUUGAAACAGCUGAUCUCUCUAUUCUCUGUUUCCAUGCACGUGUAUUUGAGAAGAUGUUCUCUCAGAGCUGUGAGGAUGUCUCCAUGCAGCGAUACCUCAUGUCUUUCCCCCUGGUCUGUUCACAUUUCAGUCAAUGUCUCCACCCACUGUGUCCAGAAGAGACUGAAGAAAUGGAGCAGCAAACUUUGAAGCUAUGUGUGACCUUCCUGGAGGAGAACGCCCGGCAGACAUGUACUGUUGUGUUGGACAUUUGUGCUGAACAGUGUAACCUGAAUGAGAAGCUAUUGCCCAAACACAGCGCUGAGAAGAUUAGUACAGUACGCAAUAAAAAGCUAAAGAAACAAGUACCAAAGAAGAGAGAGGUGCCGAAGGAGAAACCUGGAACAGAAAGCCUCAGGAAGGACAGAGCUGUCGUCUCAAACCUGGAUAAGAUGCACCAGAUGCUGACAGAGCUGUGCACCUCUUACAGUAUGGGUGCUGAUUUCACAGUGUUCAAACACAUCCUUGUACCUGCCGAGUUCCUGCUCUCACAGCUGGAAAUGAGACUGACCAAGGUGAUUGUACAGAUGGCCAGUUAUAACCCAAGCACUCACGACAUUGCCCGACCCUCCGACCUUCUGUGUGGGAUUCAAGCAUACAUCACCAGUCUGCACAACCUUAGCUGCUACAUCAACAUUGAUGUUUCACGGCUGGUGAAAAAUGUGCUGUUGCAGCAGACACAGCCGCUGGACUCGUAUGGAGUGCAGACCAUCACAACGCUCUAUACAAACUGGUUUCUGGAGGGUUUGUUGCGGCAGGCUAGCAGUGCUCUCAUAGUUCACUGUCCUACCACACAGUGCUUUAUAAAUCAAAAUAUUGAGAAUGAGCAGAGCUUUAAUGCUGAGGAAUACUCUGACAUUUGUGAGUUGCGCUCUCUGAGUGAACUGAUUGGCCCGUAUGGGCUGAAGUUUUUAAAUGAAAACCUCAUGUGGCACAUUAUAUCUCAAGUUGGAGAAAUGAAGAAACUUGUAAUUGACAACAUGGAUGUUUUAGUGCAAAUGAGAGCAAAUUAUGAGAAUCCUGAAGCAAUGAGCAUUCUUCACAAGAAACUGACAGGCUGUGAGAAUGUGCUGAAGAGAAUGACCAUUGUCGGUGUCAUUCUGUCUUUUCGAUCUAUGGUUCAAGAUGCUCUGGAAGAGAUUAUGGACAAGCACUGCCAUUUUCUAAUGAGACCCAUCAAAUGUCUAAAGGACUUCAGUUACUCUGACACUGACAUCAAGGUCGCACUGGAUGUGUAUGAGAUGGCAUCUGCGGCUGGAUUGUCAUGUGACAUCGACCCUGCACUGGUUGCAGCUAUUGCAAACAUGCUGACAGACAACACGUCCAUUGAGGAUGAGUUUAAAAUCAGCUGCCUGCUUCUGGUCUAUAUAGCUGUGUCUCUACCCACCCUUUGUCAAGACCCGAACUCAUUCUACAGGCGAGAACAUGGAGGUCACCAGAACAACAUCCACUGCUUGGCCACAGCGGUGAAUCAUCUGGCUGCUGCCAUGUUCACUGUCCAGAGGAAGAGCAUCCAGAAAAACCUUGAAGAGUUUCUUAAGGUGGCAUCUUCAGCUUUACUGCAGCUUGGUCAGAGUGAGGAGCGAGUGGAAAUGAAGAACCGAGAUUCGGUUUAUCUCCUCCUACACAUGAUAGUGCAGGAGUCACCAUUCCUCAAUCAGGACAUACUGGAGAAGUGUUUCCCAUAUGUGCUUCUGCGAAACGCCUACAGAGAGGUGCACCAGAUCUUCAUCCACACCAUGGGAUAAAUGGAGUGACUAUGUAUCAUCAGUAUAAGGAAAAAAAUACAGCACACAAUAAUUAGCAGUGCUUAAAGCAGUGCUUAAGGGAAUGUUCAGUUGUUUUGUCAUUGUUUAGUGUGCUCCUUUACCUUGCACCUCAAAAAGGUGUGCAUUUAUUUGACCACGUUAUGUAUCAUCAAUGACCAUUAUUAUGACUUGUUUAAUGUAAUAACAAUGCUCUUUUUCACGGUUAGAUUUAAACUAGAUUCUGGUGGACCUGAAAAAGUAAACUGUAGAGAAUAUUAAAAGCUAUUAAAAUUCAGGAAAAUGAAUUUGAACUUGUGUUAUUAGGGUGUAGACCAGACACGGUCAAACUGCGGCCUGCUGGGCACUUUCAUUUGGACUGUUUCAAAUGUACAAUAUUCAAUUUUACUGCAUUAAGUUAAAAUUUCGGUCCAAUUGACUCAUUUCACGCAAUAAAAACGUACCCUGCACGACAUCAGUUCAGUUCACUGCUUACAGUUUGGCAGGAAUUAAUGAAAGAUGAGUGGGGCAAAAAUAUUAGUCGCAAUAGAAUGGAAAAGCAAAUACUUCAUCAGUAUCAGACAUGAUUGUAUAUAUGAUUUUCCAAGAAAAUGUAAAUUACAUUUGCAUUAAAACCAUAGUAACAACAAAUUGACUAAGGUAUACAACUAGAGUAACUAUUUAGCCAUGCAAAAAGAGUUUUGCCUUAAAGCAGCAUUUCUGAAUUCUGAAUGAUUUAUGUCAAUUCCAGUCCAGUGUGUGAUGCAUUUCAAGAGAAACAAACAUCAAGAAUGCCAAAAAACCUUUUCACAGCAAUGUGAAAGACUGCAAGAGAAUGCAAAGACAUGUGAAAGUUGGGAUAAACAGCCUUAUUCCAACAUAUAUUCAUUUUCAACUGAUUUUUGAACUGUGUAGAACGUUUGAACUUUUCUUUACAAUAUUCAAGACCUGCAAACACUGCAACUUUUUGUUCUUUUAACCAGUUUGUCCCAUUUUACUUAAACACUUACCUAUAAAUAGAAAAUGUAGAAAAAGUCAAAAUACUUUGGAAGUGGUCUCUUGUUUUUUUCUGCAGAUGUAGUUUGACCAUUUGUCAACAAUGGUAAAAAACAAAGUGGGCCUUGUAUGAAAACGUUUGCUGUACGCUACUGUGAUUUUAAUUAUAUUUGUAUUAAUGGUGAAUAACUGAUUUUUUUAUGAACAUCAUCAUCAGUGUUAUCUACAUUGACUAAUAAUUGUUGUUUGCAACAAAAUGGAGACUUGUUGAUUUAGCAUUUAAACCCAAAUGCUGUUUAUUGUUGAUUUGUUUUUAAUAUAGGAAUAAAUCUAAUUCAAAUUUAUUCUCAAAUCAAAAUCUUUUAAAUCAGCUUAACAAUUUAAAUAAAAUGAUAAAAUGCAGUUCUGGGGCCUGUUCCAUAAAAGGCCGCUAAGAAAAGCGGAGAUUAAAGCCAACACCUGACUUGAAUGAACCAAACUCAUCAAUCAUGCUU